CCCUCGGGCUGACGUCACGUCCGGCGGCCGGUGUGGCGGCGUUGGCGUCGGGGUCGCCGUUCUAUGACCUGCAGGGCGUGGGAGUGUCCCAACGCCGCCGCCCAUGCGCGCCCCCGAGCCUGCGGUCCUGCAGCGCGCGCUGCCGGGUUCUCGCUGUCUCCCGCGACCCAGGUCCCCAUCCGGGUGUAUUUCCACCGCUGGAGGUGACGCGUACAGAAUGGCGACAGUGGGAGCUGGGGUCUAGGACCGGGUCGUGCCUUCCUUUCCGGUCAGACGCAGGCUCACGGGCCGCAGGUGUCGCUGACACUAUUUCUGCCAGCCGGUCGCCUUUGCCAUUCUAGUGCCAUCCUAGAGCCUCCCCUCCAAGAAUGAAAAAUGACUGAAGACUCUCAGAGAAACUUUCGUUCAGUGUAUUAUGAGAAAAUGGGGUUUCGUGGAGUAGAAGAAAAGAAAUCACUGGAAAUCCUCCUGAAAGAUGACCCUUUGGAUAUUGAGAAACUUUGUACUUUCAGCCAGAGAUUCCCUCUCCCAUCCAUGUACCGUGCGUUGGUAUGGAAGGUGCUUCUAGGGAUCCUGCCUCCCCACCAUGAGUCCCACGCCCAGGUGAUGAUGUAUCACAAGGAUCAGUACUGUGACAUCCUUCACGCCCUGAAGGUGAUCCGCUUUGUCAGUGAUGCCACCCCUCAGGUAGAGGUCUAUCUUCGCAUGCAUCAGCUGGAGUCCGGGAAGCUGCCUCGAAGUCCCUCCUUUCCUCUGGAGCCAGAAGAUGAAGUGUUUCUUGCCAUUGCUAAAGCCAUGGAAGAGAUGGUGAAAGACAGCGUUGACUGCUACUGGAUCAUCCGAUGCUUUGUGAACCAGUUAAAUAACAAGUACCGGGAUUCUUUGCCGCAGCUGCCAAAGGCUUUGGAACAGUACUUGAAUCUGGAAGACAGCAGGCUGCUGAAUCAUCUGAAGUCUUGUUCUGCAGUGUCUAAGCUGCCCUACGAUCUUUGGUUCAAGAGAUGCUUUGCGGGGUGCCUGCCUGAAUCCAGCUUGCAGAGGGUUUGGGAUAAAGUUGUAAGUGGAUCCUGUAAGAUUCUUGUUUUUGUAGCUGUGGAAAUUUUAUUAACCUUUAAACUAAAAAUAAUGGCAUUGAACAGUGCAGAGGAGAUAACAAAGUUCCUGGAAAAUAUUCCCCGGGACAGCUCGGAUGCCAUUGUGAGCAAGGCCAUCGACCUGUGGCACAAACACUGUGGGACCCCAGUGCAUUCGGCCUGACCCCUGCCGGCGCUGUAGCCAGGCCCCAGAGCCCCCUUGAGCCCUCUGUUCUUGUCACCUAACCUGCCCCACCAAUUGCAGUGGUCCUGUUCUGGUGCUCAAAGUGCAAUGUUUUUUCAGUAAAAUAAUUUAGUUAAAAUGCCUGGGGUUGCUGUGUUGCAGAGCAUCUUUUGGUUGCAACAGGCAGUACAGAAUUCUCCUGGGAACGGCACGUUUACGCAUCAUUAGAAAAUGCUUCCGGUCAAUAGAGCAGCAGACCUGGGGAGCAGGUGCAUUAACCCCUGGUGCAGCACUGGCCGGGCCCCUCUGGUUAGCACCAGCCCGGUUCCCUUCUGGAAUAAAGUGACCAGGCCAGUCUACUUUCUGGAAUAAAGAGUGACUUCCUCUUGUUGACACCCCAGACUUGGCUUUGGUUGAUGCUGAGCUGGUGUGAGUGUGAGCUGACUGCCUUCGCAGCGUUCACCUUACCUUUAUUUUGCUUCUCUUUGUGCCAGUUGGGACAAAGCCUUUGUUGAACAAAAUACAUCUAUAAAUUUACCAACAGCGACAAA